AUGUGUGUUGAUGAAAUCGAACUUGAAGUUGGAGAUUCUUAUAUCUUCGAUUACACGUCAGUUUCUCCAUCCAAUUCAAGCGAUCACACUAUCGCCAACUACACAGGGCCAUGUUUCAGUGCAACCGACAUCCCAGCUAAUGUGCCCCUGAAGUUACUCAGUAUAUUCAUCACCAUCUCAGAUGAGAACACGGGGGAGGGAAUCUACUUCAAGCCCGUAUGCAAUCAACUGGUCCUCUAUGACCAAUCACUUGUAAAUUUGUAUGACGUCAUGCGGUUUAUCAGCGAUCAGGUCCCAUUGGACAUUAGUGUUGUGUUAGAUCCUUCUACCAAGAGCAUAAUGACAUUAAACAAUAUAACAAACCGAAUUGGAUACCAGUGGACACCGUUCAACGUUAAGACCAAAAAGACACUCCCAAGGGAUCUCUGGGGGAUCUCACCUUCUGACGGUGAUCAGAUUCGUUUUGACUUCGUCAAUGUCGGUGGUGACGACAUUCAUCAACAGAAAUCUGGAGUUAAGAGUCUUAAGACCACAAUGUCUGUCCUCUUGUUCCUCUCAUCAAUCUUUCUAUCUCUCUACAUGUAG